AGUGUGGAUGCGUUCCGAGCAGAAACCGCGACCAAACGAAUUCAAUUCAGCCCCAAUGCAAGAGGGCUGUGGGAAAAUAACAUCCGCAACGCCGUUUCCGAGCAGAGCAACAACCAACUCAAUGUGCAAUCGGUGCCCCCAAGUGGAGUUUAAAAGUGUUAACAGUCAGAGGCGCGGCCAAAAUUAAACCGCUGCCACUGAUAGUUCAGUGUUUGUAAGGGCAGAAUUAACACAAAUCCACUUCGAAAUCUCUGUACCCCCGCAGGAUAUACCGUCGAAAGCCAAACGUUGGAAAAAAUCCAAUACAGAUAUAUGUGUGUGUAUAUAUGUGUAUGUAUGUGCGUGUGCAUGUGCCAGUGCGUGCGCCUGUAGUGGUGCAAUAUUUGUGAGCGCCAAAAAGCCGAAGAGACGAAGCCGCGCAGUCAAAUAAAUCUCUCGUCUCUCACUCCGUUUCUCGAAACUCGAAACUCGAAUAUCGAAUCUCGCCUCUCGCGUCGCUUUCUCCAGUUCGAAAGUCGCGUAGUAAAAAGUGUCGGCAAUUCUUUUUGGCCCUCUCGCUGCGCCUCGCUGCACCACCCACUGAACCACCACCACUAAGCGUCUGAAGGACUACUUUGUUUUUGGUCAAGCUUUUCGCACUCGUCUUCGAAAUUGCGAAAUUGGCGCGCACGGGAGCAUCAAGUCAAACAAAUACACUAACCUUAGCCACAUAUCAAACUACCAGCUCAAUUACCAUUUGUCACCAAACCAAAAUAAAAAUAACUGACCAAAAAAUAGCUUCGCAACAAUGUUGAACGUACACGGAAAAAGCAAUAAAAACUUUUGGCAGCACCAAAUGUCCGGCUUAAAAGCGCUUAUAGCAAGUAUAUGAAAAUCGAAUGGAAAUUGCAAUUAAGCUUGGCGAAACCAACUGAAAUAAGAACUUAACUGAGCGAAUUUUAGUUUAUUUUUUUCUCGAAUCGAUAAAAGAAUCAAAAGUGUCAAUAAAUUGAAAAGGAAAACAAUUUAAGCGCGAAUUCGGUUUAAUUUGUGAACUGUUUUUUGUGGCUUUAUCGGCAUAUGUGCGCCGUGCACGCGAAAACACCAAAUAAUUAUACAUUUUGGAAACCGAAAACCAAUCGAUACCCAAAUAGGGGAUUAAAUCUAAAAGUAUUCAACACCAAUUGAUCCACAUAGAUACGUACGCACACAACCGGCCCAAAUACAGACAGAAAUGGAGAGCAAACAGUGGAGCUGCUUUGUGGCCAUUGUGCUGGGCGUGCUAAUAUUCAAAAUGCACAUAUUUGUCGCAUUCGGCGAUCAGGAUGAGGAUAUACCGCACAACGAAGUUCGCAACUGGGCCCUGAAGUUUGGCGUCGACUUGUGGGAGUUCGGACGUCAAUUUACCAAAAUGAAUGAGAUCAAAAGUCGCUUCAAGGACAACGACAUCGAAGUGAAGCGCAAGGACGGCAUUAUCCUGCUGCGUGAAUUGGCCGCCGAGGUGAAGAACUUUAUGGAUUUCAAGCGCAAUGCUGUCAUGCGCCUGAUGGACUCCGCCGAGCAGGCGGCACUCUCGGAGCUGGAGGGCCAGGGACAGGCGGAAUCGCCGGCGGGUGGACAGCAGCACUAUGAUGCCCGGCGGAUCAACGAGUACAAUGCCGAUGGCAAGCUGGCGGAUGGAGCACGCCACAUGGACAUCCGGUUCAUGCGGCGCUUCGAGCGCCUGCCGGUCAAUCUCAGUCUAAGCUCGAUUCUGGUGCCGCACGGCGUCGACUUGGACGAGGCGGAUGUCAAGUCGGCGCUGCAGUGGAGCGCCCACUUGGACCCGCUCUUCCAGAACAACUUAGAGCAAGAUCCGGCCCUGUCUUGGCAAUACUUUGGCUCCUCCGCGGGUUUCCUGCGGCGCUUUCCGGGCACUGCCUGGCCCCCAGAGGGUUCCAAGGGCAGCAAGCUCAUCCAUGACUUUCGCACGCACAAUUGGUUUGUGCAGGCAGCCUCCUCGCCCAAGGAUAUAAUGAUUCUCUUGGACUCCUCUUCGAGCAUGUCGGAGAAAUCUUUUGACUUGGGCAUGGCCACUGCCUUCAACAUACUGGAUACUCUGGGCGAGGACGACUUUGUGAACCUCAUCACCUUCUCGGAGGCGGUGAAGACGCCAGUGCCUUGUUUCAAGGAUCGCAUGGUUAGAGCCACGCCGGAUAAUAUCCAGGAAAUCAAGUCAGCCGUUAAGGCCAUAAAGCUGCAGGAUACGGCCAACUUUACAGCCGGUCUGGAAUAUGCUUUCAGCUUGCUGCACAAGUACAACCAAUCUGGAGCUGGGAGUCAGUGCAACCAGGCCAUCAUGCUGAUCACGGAGAGCACCUCGGAGUCACACAAGGAUGUGAUCAAGCAGUACAACUGGCCACACAUGCCAGUGAGGAUCUUCACGUACCUAAUUGGCAGCGACUCUGGCAGUAGGAGCAACCUGCAUGACAUGGCCUGCUCGAACAAGGGUUUCUUCGUCCAGAUCAACGACUAUGAGGAGGCUCGCCGCAAGGUGAUCGACUACGCCCUGGUGAUGGCCAGACCUAUGAUCAUGUACCAGGCAGAUCAUCCCGUCCACUGGAGUCCGGUCUUCGUGGCCGGCAAAUCGGGCGGAUUGGGACGCGACUCGGAGUACCAGCGCCGUUUAGUGACGACAGUUUCAACUCCGGUCUUCGAUAGACGAAACCAUUCGGUGCGCGUCGCCAAUCUGCUGGGAGUGGUGGGCACCGAUGUGCCCAUCGAGGAGAUCCGCAAGGUGAUCCCCCAGCACAAGCUGGGUCCGAAUGGCUAUUCGUUUAUCGUCGAUAACAAUGGGCGGGCUCUUUACCAUCCGGAUCUGCGGCCCCUCAGCGACGCCAACCAGUAUAUUGAUCAACUAAAGCCCAAGUAUGCCUCUGUCGAUAUCACGGAGUUGGAACUGCCGGAGACGGAGAUUGGCAACAACAAUGAGAUUAUUGAGAUGAAUAAGAAUCUCCUCAACGAGAUGCGUGGUGACAUGAUCAGACCCAAGGAGGGAGAGACCGAAUUUACCGUGUUAAACCAUUACGAUGAGUCGAAGCGAGUGUCUACCAGGACACACAGAUACUUCUAUGGUCCCAUUGAGGAUACUCCCUUUACGCUGGCUAUUGUGCUCCCGGAGAAGUACGGUAGCCAUGAGUUUGUCUCCCAGCAGGAGAUCCGGCAUUCGCGUAACAAUGUUACCGAAUACUUCAAGGGAGACAACUGGCGCGUACACCCGGAUUGGGUGUACUGCGAGUACAAUAGCGUUAGCGAUUUGGAGAAGGAAAGGGAGAGCUCUGGCGAGUACUCCUCGCGGGAUCAGGAGCCCAGCUUCGGGUCACCAGAGGAGCAGGUAUUGCACUUUCUGGCUCGUGCCGGACGCCCCGGUUGGAAGUGGAUGUCGGUUCGACCCAAGUCACCGCAACCACAUCACAACAUGCACAGUGGCUCCAACGGCAAUGCGCCAGGAUCGAGCCACUUUGGGUCGCAGCAUCUGAACUCUCAGGGAUCUCGCAAGGCUGAACCCUACUAUUGCGAUCGAACCCUCAUCCAGAGCUUGGUGCGCGACGCCAUGGUCACCGAUGGUCUCGAUAGGAACACGACUGGAACCUCCAGCGGCAAGGAGGAUAAGCAUCCAAUCGCCACAUUAAUGGCAAUACUAAAGAGGCAAGGAUAUCAGAAGUUUGUGGUUGCCACCUCGUUCGUGGCCACAAGGUCGGGUCUUCUGCGCUGGAUUGACCACAUCAAGAGACCCGAGGAUACCCCCGAACCGCAUUUUAGCGAGGAUAAUGUGAGAGCCAUGGACACAUCCUGGUAUAAGCGAGCCGUAGACCAGCACUCGGUGGAACCGGAUAGCUUUGUGUACAGCGUGCCCUUUGGCUCUGGUUAUGCCAUCAAGUCCAAUGCCACCUUGGUGACAGCCUCUCAUGCCAUGUUUGUGGAGCAUCGCGGACACAAGGCACCGGCGGGCGUCGUUGGCCUCCAAUUCCAGCACGAUUCUCUGGCCAAACACUUUAUAAACAUCACCUCUGCCUGCACUGGAAUGACGGGCUGCAAGAGAACCUGCGCCUCAGACAACCUGGACUGCUAUGUGCUGGAUAACAGUGGCUUUGUAAUCAUAUCCGAGGAGAUGGAGCAUACGGGCAAGUUCUUUGGACAGAUCGAUGGCACCAUCAUGGACUCCUUGGUACAGGAUCGGAUCUACAAGCGGGUGACAGUCAACGAUUAUCAAGGGGUUUGCUCCGAUGCCGACAAUCCAUACACGGCUGCCGGUGGCAUCCUGAAACCGAAUCGCCUGGGCUCCUGGUUCUUCAGUCACCUGGUGGCCCUGAGUGCCACCUGGCUUUCCCUAAUGCCAGCCUCGCUGCGUGCCUGGCCACAGGACGAGUACACCUACGACAACGAGGAUGUUGUGUUUGUGGACAACAAUUACUCGGAUGAAUAUGAGUUUGGAAAUGAAUACAACAUGCCGGUGGAUCAGGAAAUGGAUGAGUUCUUCACCACCGCCGAUGUGGAAUAUACGACGCCGCCUCCUGCCAGGCAGCAUAAACCCCAUGCUGGACCUCGUUUCACGCCGGAUCCUCAGAACGCCAGGCGUUGCGAUCUGGCUACAGAUCUGUAUAUGCUCCAGCCUGAACGGCUUAAUCAGGGUGGUCAGAACAAUCCACUCAAGGGAAAGCUGACCAAUUGCCAUGCUUCCGGCUGCGAGCGUCCAUUUAGCGUUCAAAAGAUCCCUCACAGCAAUCUCAUUCUGCUCGUGGUGGACACUCUGUGUCCAUGUGGCUCCAAGCAGCUGGACAUUGAGCCGCUGGAGGAUUCGGGUGUGAUUGGAGCCUGCAGUACGAGACGACAGAGCCAGGAGCAAGAGUCCCGGCGACGACCCAGGAAAUGCAUAAACUACCAUCCGGAGGAGAUUGAGAUCCAGCAGUGCGGCCGUGGCAGUCCCCUGCUGCACAUGUCCGGCUCGGUGAUCGUGGCCCAUGUCCUGAUGGUGACCGUGACCUUUGUGCUGGCCAAUGCGUGAUAUGAGCACUAAGGAUGCUCUGAGAACUAAGUGUGAGAACUAGGGUUUUGUUUUUUCAUUUGGUUUGUCGAAGAGGAGGCGGAAGAGUCACUCUUGAUCCGGGGAAAUACGCAGUUUGAGUUAAUUGAUUUGAUAAGCCGAAGUAGGAACUAUUAGCAGUCCCUCAACCACCACAUUAGCCGAGGGACAAAGGUAAUAAUCAAAUAUUUAUUAGACGGAUUGCAGCCGCGAGCAACGUUACUCAAAUAGUAAGUACUAACGAGUUUAUAUCCAUAUGUUUGUAGACAAUAAUUUGCAGGAGAUGUUUUAGGCAAAACGAUAGCUAAAGGUAACUUCCUUAAUCUGUAUGUGCAAUAACUUGAAUACUUUAAAUUAAACGAUUAUGGUACUUUAUAGAGCGAGCUUUGUUUAUCCGUUAUCAAAGUCAGUGAUUUUCUCCCAAUUACAAAAUAAUUGAGACAGAAAAAUACGCGAAAAUAUGAGUGCAAAAACCCCAAAAACGAACGAGAAAUAGCCAUCAGUCGAUCAGAUUGUGUAUAUAGUAUCAAGAAAGUAUUCAAAAUGAACAAAAUUCCUACCGAUAAAUAAUUCGUUUCUUUCCACUUUUUUCUAACGUACAACACGAGUAAUAACUAGAUUGAGUUACUUUUAAACUCAACUGCGUACGCACAAAUAUAAAGUAUUAUAUAUAUUUUACAACCGAACUAAAUCGAAUUCACUGAACAAACGGAAGACUUGAAUUACCCGACAGCAAUGUAAAAAACAAAGGUACACAAAAAAAAACAAAGUUAUAGACAGUUAAUAUCGUACAUACAUCCAAUUUUGAACAUAAAACCAGCUAAAUGAUGGCGAAGAGAACAAGUCGAUUGAAAAUAAAAUAUUUUAAUUGUUUUGCAGAAAUAAACAUAAA